CCGCAUAAGCAGAGAACUUGCGAGGAAUUGCGAAAUGUAUUCCUGGGAAAAUGUUACGCGCAGUCGUGCAAUCACUUUGAUCAUUGUGGCGUCACAGUCAGUGCAGUCGAUGCAGGUGUAUUUAGAAGCGUGGGUGUCUUGUAAACGAACAGCAAAAUCACGAAUACGGAAGUGUUGGUAUGAGAAAGAGUUACUAUGGUGAACUGAUCAAGCCAAACAGCAACAACUUAAAAGAAGAGCACAGCUAGAGACAUGAUAUAGGGAGUAGAGAUCAGGGGUCCCUUGGCCAGUGAAGGCCAGUGUCUCUAUGGAGGCCCCCAAGCCCCCAAAGUGUGUCCAGCCGGGGCAGAGUGAGGAGGGAGAUCGGGGAGCUGAUGGAAGCCCAACACCGUGCAUUGACAGUGAACCUCUAGGAGAGAGAGACCCCACUAAAGACCAGCAGAGCAAAGCCCUGUGCCAACAACACACUCAAAUGUUCCUGAACCUCACCACAGAGAAGGGCCUACAGCAAAUACCAUCACCACCAGGUGAGGGAAGAGUGAGGUGCAGCUUGCUCAACCUGCCCAUCAUCAACCCAGAGAGACUGCGGACAGCAAAAGUACUGGUCGACAAAGCUGUAAAGAUGCGUAUGGUGUUCUCCAUACAGGGUCCAUACCCUGUGGUUCGGGCUGCCCUGAAGGCGAGGGGUUGGGUAGAGCGCCGCCUGCCUCGGCCAAACCAGCACUGGAGCCGAUGCCGUGGAGAUGAUGGGAAUGAUGCUGAUGACAGUGAUGAUGACAAUGACAGCCCAGACGACCGAGAGGAAGACCCAGAUGACAUGUAUGACCUAAUGUCUCGCAUGGUGAGGAACGAAACGUCAUAUUUCUAUUGGACGACGCGUAGAGAGACAGUGGACAACCGCUCAUUGCGAAAGGAACAGAUGACCAAUCACUAUGCCAAAGCAGGCACCUUCACCACCAAGGUUGGGUUGUGUGUGAACCUGAGGAACCUGCGUUGGUUUGAUGCUGCAGACCUUGACUCCUUCUUCCCACGCUGCUAUAGGCUGGGGGCAGAGGAUGAGAAACAUGCCUUUAUCGAGGACUACAGGAGGACAGCAUGCACCAGCCUUAUACAGUGUGUUGUGGAGAGGAUUCGGGGUGAGCGAGGUGAGGGAGAGGGAGGUGGCACAGCUGGAUCAACUCAGCAAUCAUGUCAAAGUCAGAAAAAAGCAUGCAAGCGUCGAGCCAUGUCAUUGGUGGCCUCCAGAAUGAUUGACAGUGCACUAAAAGUUUGCCAGGACUUCCUGGACAGCUUGGAACACAAUGACAUAGACAUUGCCUUGGAAACACCACCAUCCCUAACAGAACAAGAGUGGCUGGAGUUCAUCCACAAUUACUACCUGGUUGUCCAUGAUGGUGUAGAGAUAGAGGAGACUUUUCACUAUUUGAACAGCUGUCAGGCUAUGUUGCGGAAGCUUCGUGAUGUCAAUCCACAGCUAGACACAGACGGCAUCCACAACAUCUGGAUAGUCAAACCUGGGGCCAAGUCCCGGGGCAGAGGCAUCAUGUGUGCCAAGCGGCUGGAUGACAUCCUGAGGCUGGUGGACAGUGACCCAGCCCUGAUCAAGGACAGUAAGUGGGUGGUGCAGAAGUACCUGGAGCGCCCCCUGCUGGUCCACGGUACCAAGUUCGACCUCCGCCAGUGGUUCCUGGUGACUGACUGGAACCCUCUCACUGUCUGGUUUUAUAAGAAGUGCUACCUACGCUUCUCCACCCAGCCAUACUCAGUUGAGACACUGGACAGUUCUAUCCACCUGUGUAACAACUCCAUACAGAAGCACUUUCAGCCCUCCCAGCAGCGUCACCCAGAGGUGCCUGAGGACAACAUGUGGUCAUGUGACCAGUUCCGGGCCUUCCUGUCUGGACAGGGCCGAGCAGCACAGUGGUGGUCUGUGGUGGUCCCAGGGAUGAAGAAGGCUGUGGUCCACGCCCUGCAGACUGCCCAAGACCUGGUGGAGUCACGCCGAGGGAGCUUUGAACUCUACGGAGCCGACUUCAUGCUAGGUCGUGACCUGAGGCCAUGGCUGAUAGAGAUCAAUGCCAGCCCCACCAUGGCCCCCUCUACAGCAGUGACAACACGCCUGUGUGCAGCCGUGCAGGAGGACACUCUACGUGUGGUCCUGGACCGUCGGUUGGACCGAGGGGCACACACUGGGGGCUUUCAGCUUAUAUACAAACAGGCAGCAGUGGAGGUGCCUCAGUAUGUAGGGGUCAACCUGCUUGUUGAGGGCUCCCAGAUCAGACGGCCCCGCCCUCCUCCUCAAAAAGCCUCCAAACCCUCUAAGGGUCGUACCAACCAACCAGCGCCCAGACGCCCUCCUCAAAGCCAGGAGUACGAGGCUGUGGCAGAGAAACCCAAGCUGGCCCCCUCUAAGAAGGGUCUGAAGUCUGAGGUACGACACCUUACCUUCUCUGGCUUCAGAGUCCAGACCCCACUUUCUACUGAGAGGCCCCUGGCCGGGGAGCCCUGGAGGCUGCAGCGUCUGGGCCUGGUUGACUCCCUCCAGCUGCCCCCCAGGGCCCAGUCCCGCUCUAUGGACUGCUGGCGGAGACCCCAGGUUAUUGUGCCCUGGUCAGGGCGAGCACGCCCCUUUGCUACCCCUGAUAUCUACAAAGGCCCUGUCCUUCCCUUGGAGGUCAUCAGCCUUCAAGACCCAGACAGGGAGCCCAGUGCCCUGCUUGUGCCCACUCCUCUGGUCCAACAUGCUGAGUUCAGGUUCCAGAAGUUUUUCAGGCAACAGAACCUCCAUCGUAGGGUGAUCAGGACCACAUGUGUAGGGAGAGGAACUCACAAGAGCUCGUGACAUGGAUCGGUUAUUGAAUCAUUCACUGACUGCUGCCUGAUUUUGAAAGCUGUCUUUUUGCACUCAGCCAUUGUAGGCCUACCUCAUCAUAAUAAAGUCAGUAUUGUAUCCACUUA